GCUGGUUCUCCGCCGGCAGCGCCUCUGUCCCGUUCCGGCGAUGAAGAGCGCGCCUCCCUGGGCUGGAAGAAAGCGACUUCCCCGUGGCUGUGCAGACUUGCCCCGCAGCGGUUGAGGCGGUGGAGGAGCGAGGAGUUGGGGUCUGGACCCAAAGGCCCCUAGGCCUGAAGAGCUGGACUUCCAAACAGCAGCUUUGAUGAUUACUUGUUUUUGAAAUGGCUGAAAAAGAUGGAGAACUUAAAACGUGCAGCUGGACUCUGUCUAAAGUCAUAGCAGUGGGAGCCAGCACCUUCCUGCUCUUGGCUGGAAUCGGAGCUGGGAUUUGGGCGAUAGUGGUGUCGGUGCUUGGGAAUGAAAAGGAAAGCUUAUAUGUGGUUCAGGUGAAUUCGGAGGACUUGCGCCUGACCUUGUAUGAUGAGACUGAAGGGAAGUGGAGACUCCUGUGUUCUUCAUCAUCGGAUGCCCAGGUGGCAGCUCUUAGUUGUGAGGAGAUGGGAUUUGUCAGAUCUCUCUCCCAUUCGGUCCUGGAUGCAGACAGCGUAGGUGCCAAUGGGACAUCAGGCUACUUCUGCGUGGAUGCCUCUCGCCUGCCUUUUGUGCAGAAACUCAGAGAGGCCAUUGUUGUGUGUGAAUGUCUGACAGGCCGGUUCCUGGCAACUCUUUGCCAAGACUGUGGACGCAGGAAGUUAUCCGUUGACCGGAUUGUAGGUGGCCAAGAUGCCAGUUUGGGUAAAUGGCCUUGGCAAAUCAGCCUACGUUACGAUGGGACACAUCUUUGUGGCGGCUCCAUCAUCUCAAAUGAAUGGGUAGUUACAGCAGCUCACUGUUUUCCAGAGAGGAAUCGCGUGGUGAACCGCUGGCGGGUGUUCGUGGGUGCCGUAUCUCAGCAAUCUACGAAGGGGCUGCAGAUGGACGUGGCCAGCAUUGUGUAUCAUGGUUGGUACAGGCCCUUUGUGGACCCCGAUAGUGAGGAGAACAGCAACGACAUUGCCUUGCUGCGCUUGGCCACACCACUCUCCUUCAAUGAAUUUAUUCAGCCUAUCUGCCUCCCAGCGUUGGGGCAAACUUUGGUGGAUGGCAAGAUCUGUACGGUGACGGGAUGGGGCAACACACAAUACUAUGGCCAACAGUCUGACGUCCUUCAAGAGGCCAGGGUGCCCAUCAUCAGCACCAGUGUCUGCAAUGGCCCCGAUUACUAUGGCAGUCAGAUAAGGCCCAGGAUGUUUUGUGCUGGUUUUGCAGCUGGCGGCACAGAUGCUUGCCAGGGGGACAGCGGGGGCCCUUUUAUGUGUGAAGACAGCAUUUCACAAGUGUCGCGUUGGCGGCUGUGUGGCAUUGUGAGCUGGGGCACAGGCUGUGCCCUGGCCAAUAAACCUGGAGUCUACACCAAGGUUAACGAUUUCCAUCGGUGGGUCCACCACACAAUGAAGACAAACUCCCACAUUAGUGGGUUGGUGAUUCAGGAAUGAAACGCGUGGAAUUGGCCUUCUCCCUUUCCCGAGAAUUGCUGCCUUAAAAAGAAAGAGAAGAAUCAAGGAAGAUGAGGGGGGGAAAAAGAGGAAGGAACAUAUUGAUAUCUUUGGCCUGGCCAAAUGAGCAGAAUGGGACAGAAAAAUCCUUGCCAAUUGCUAAUGCUAUCAUGGCAUAUUGGGUCUUUCAGACUUUGGAUAAGAUGCUUUUGUUCUUUUACGUUGUCUUCAUGGAGCUUCUGCUCCUUCAGCUGCUCAUCUAUGGAUGAACUGAACAGAAUACAGAGUUGGAAGGGAUCUUGGAGGUCUUCUAGUCCAACCCCUUGCUCAAGCAGGAAACCUUA